AUACAAACAUAUAUAUAUAUAUAAUGAGUGAGUGACCUAGUCAAGGCAGUUGCUUUCAUCCUCAAACUUAGGUUCAGUUCCGAAUCAAACCCCGAUUUUACUACCGCGAAGUUUUCUUCCAUUCACAUUCCAAUUCUCCCUCAAAUCAAUUCAUUAUAUACACUGCAGAAAAAAAGCUUCAAAUCUCCUCCCAUGGCGGCGGCGGUGGCGACGGCGACGGCGGAGCCUUUCCAGACGAUGAGUAGCGUUCCGAACCCGAAGCCGCUCAGAGUGUGCUUUUCAUACGCAGCCUACGCCAAAAGCUUGAUCGAUUAUCUCCGAUCGUCGAAUAUUCCGGUGGAAUCUGGGCUAUCGGAGGCGGAAUUCGUCGCCGUGGAGGCGUCGUUCGGGUUCGUGUUCCCGCCGGACCUCCGGUCCAUUCUCCGCGAAGGAUUGCCGGUCGGACCGGGUUUUCCCAACUGGCGGUCCGGUUCCAAACAGCAGCUCGAGAUUCUGAUAAACCUGCCAGUUCUUGGGAUUUGUAAGGAAGUUUCUAGAAACGAGUUUUGGAGUGAGAGCUGGGGCGACCGGCCCGGCGACGGCGACGGGGCGGCGGAGUUGGCCGGAGAAUUCUUAAAGAGGGCGCCGGUGCUCGUCCCUAUGUACCGGCAGUUUUAUAUUCCGGCAACGCCGUGCACCGCCGGGAACCCGGUGUUUUACGUCUGCCGCGGCGGCGUGAGGCUGUGGAGCUUCGACAUUGCCGGAUUCUUCCAGAAGGUGGAUUUCACGGAGGUGCGGCGGCGGCGGGAUUGUUUUUCGGCUCCGGCGUGGGCGGCAACGGAGGCUCGGAGGAUCGAGUUCUGGACGGAGAUGGCGGAGGGGAGGGGGAGGCGGCGGUGGUGGAGCGGGGUUUUGGACGGGUGUCUGGAGGAGGUGUGGUGGCGGCUGAGGGACGGCGGAUGGACGGAGGAGGACGUCCGGGAGAUGAUGAUGAUGGACGGCGGCGAUGAUGAUAAGGGGGCGGCGAGUGAAGACGGCGUGGAGUGGCGCGUGAGAGUGGUGGGUUUGUCCGGCAGGCUGCUGCGCGGCGGGUGGACCGCCGCAGAGGUGGUGGAGUUGCUGGGUGAGUUUGAGGGGAACUGCGGCGGCGCCGCCGUUGAUAGAGAGGCCGGCGCGGAUUUCCACUGCACUACUGGCUGCGAUGACCAAGUGCAUUAGCUUCGUAUUUGUGCUGUUUUUUUUAAUAUAUAUACACUAAGAAUUAUACAAAUUCUCUCAAUUUCAUUGAUUCUUAUUAUUAA